CUAAAACCAAUCUACUUAUCUUUUAAUUAUCAAUGGCGACCCAUAGUGUCGUCGGAGCCCUUGUUAUUAUUAUUAUGAUCAUGCAUCUUUUUCUCACUACUAAGGUCAUUUCAACCUCUAAUAAAAACAAUAACAAUGCAUCAACCACCACCAACAUGAAUGUGAUAGACUCUUGUUGGCGGAGGAGCAAGUCGAGUUGGGCGUCCAACCGUCGUGCAUUAGCGGAUUGCGCCGUCGGCUUCGGGAAAUACGCCACGGGCGGGAAAAAUGGCGCAACCUAUGUCGUCACUCAUUCAUCCGAUAACCCGAGGAACCCGAAACCAGGCACACUUAGGUAUGGUGUCAUACAAUCUAAGCCACUUUGGAUAACUUUUGCCAAAAAUAUGGUUAUUACUCUCAAGAAUGAGCUUAUCAUUAACAGCUACAAGACUAUAGAUGGGAGAGGGGCAAAAGUGGAAAUUUCCAAUGGGCCGUGCAUUACUAUCCAAGGAGUUACCAAUAUUAUUGUACAUGGAAUUAUCAUUCAAGAUUGUAAACAGGGAAAAUCCGGACAAGAAGUGAGAGAUAGCCCGACACACGCGGGCCGUCGAGGCGGCUCCGACGGGGACGCAAUUACUAUAUUCGGUUCAUCUAACGUGUGGAUUGACCAUUGCUUCCUUGCCCGCGCCGCGGACGGUCUCAUUGAUGUCAUCCAUGGUUCCACAAAUAUCACCAUUUCUAACAAUUAUUUUACUCAACAUGACAAAGUGAUGCUAUUUGGGCACAAUGAUGAUAACAUAGAAGACAAAUCUAUGAAAGUUACAGUGGCCUUCAAUCAUUUUGGCCCUGGUUUAGUUGAAAGAAUGCCGAGGGUGAGAUUAGGCUAUGCUCAUGUUGCUAAUAAUAGAUACAGUGGGUGGUUGAUGUAUGCCAUUGGUGGAAGUGCAAACCCAAUCAUUUUUAGUGAAGGCAACUACUUUAUGGCUCCUAACAAAUCUGAUUCUAAGCAAGUAACAAAAAGAGAAGUAAAGAAAGGAUGGGCACAUUGGAAGUGGAGAUCAUCUAAGGAUAAAUUUCUCAAUGGGGCAUAUUUUGUACCUUCUGGAUAUGGAAGUUGUACGCCAUACUACACGAGAUCUCAAUCAUUUCCUGUGGCUGAUGGGUCUAGAGUCCCCGCACUCACAAUGGACGCGGGGCCGCUGAGAUGUUCUUCAACUGAAUGUUAAAUUAAAUAUAUUCUCUACAUUUUUAAUUUAUACCAAUUAUAAAUAUUUGAUUAGAUGUUUUGCAUGUCUAUUAUAAAAGUAAUUCAUCAAUUCAUCAUCUCUUCCACCCCACCUUGCGUGAAAUCUAUC